CACCGUCGCCCCCCUCGCGCAGCCGCUCGACGCCGGCCUCGCCGGCCGCCGGCUAACCUCUCGCAAGGACAUCUGAACAUGGCUUGCAAGGUGAAAGGGGACACCGGCAAGCUCCUGCCGGUGAUUUCCUUCUUCCUCGGCGCGGCACUGACGGCGGCGUUCGUCUUCCUCAUUGCUACUCUGGAUGUCAACUGGAGGCUCUCCGCCCUGGCCACCUGGAACUAUGGUGCUCAGCCAGCCGUCACCGAAGAGAUGAGAGCACUGGCUGAGCUGACGGAGGUGCUGAGGAACGCGUCCAUGGACGACAGGACGGUGAUCAUGACGUCCAUCAACCGCGCGUACGCCGCGCCGGGCUCCCUGCUGGACCUCUUCCUCGAGAGCUUCCGGCUCGGCGAGGGCACCGAGCCGCUGCUGAAGCAUGUCCUCAUCGUGGCUAUGGACCCCGGCGCGCUCGAGCGGUGCCGGUCGGUGCACCCCCACUGCUACCUCCUCCGGCGGCCGGACGGCGCCGUGGACUACAGCGACGAGAAGCACUUCAUGACCAAGGACUACCUCGACAUGAUGUGGGGACGUAACCUGUUCCAGCAAACCAUCCUCCAGCUCGGCUUCAACUUCCUCUUCACGGACAUUGACAUCAUGUGGUUCCGGAACCCGCUGCGGCACAUCGCGAUCACGUCGGACAUCGCGAUCGCCAACGACUACUACAACGGCGACCCGGAGAGCCUCCGCAACCGCCCCAACGGCGGCUUCCUCUACGUGCGCGCCGCCAACCGCACGGUGGACUUCUACCGCCGGUGGCGCCGGGCGCGGCGGCGCUUCCCGCCGGGCACCAACGAGCAGCACGUCCUGGAGCGCACGCAGGCCGAGCUCAGCCGCCGCGCCGGCGUGCGCAUGCAGUUCCUCGACACCGCGCACUGCGGCGGCUUCUGCCAGCUCAGCCGCGACUUGGCCAGGGUCUGCACCCUCCACGCCAACUGCUGCACCGGCCUCGCCAACAAGGUGCACGACCUCGCCGCCGCGCUCCGCGACUGGGCCAACUACACGGCGGCGCCACCGGCGGCCCGCCGCCGCGGGGGCUUCGGCUGGACCAGGCCAGGCAGGUGCAUCCGCUGACACCGGCCUCGAGCAGCUAGCUAGUGGCUCCAAAAGGCUUAGCUACCUAGCUGCUCCGACGACUAUACAACCAACUGUGAUAGUGUGUUACUGCUCAGUGCGUGCGUGUACAUUUUGAGUUUUCCCUUCUUGUUGGGAUCCUCCCAACAAUGGCUCUGAUAGUGGGAUUGAUUGGUUUCAGGAGGCAGCUUUGUAAACAAAAGUGUUCUUAUCAUGCCACAUAAUACAAAUUGCAUUUCAUUUGUGGUAUGAACAUAAUACAGCUUACUUAUGGAUGGCUUAAUUGAUUAAA